GGUGUCUGCUAUGGCUUGGUUGCACUCCCCUACACUUUAUCCGCAAUGGUUGUUGAGUACUUUAUUCUAAUAUUUAUCAAAUCUUCCAAUUUCUGCAGUUUUGCUCUUCUUGUGGAACUCUAGCUCCACUUCUCGUUCUCGCUAUUUUCUCAGGUUCUCACUCAAGUCCUUCUCAGUCCAGCAUUUUCAGACUUCCUUCAGCGCCGGAGCAUCAGGAGAAGAUGGCUUCGGGGCUUCAUUUUCCAAACUCCCAUCUCGAAGGGUGGUUCACAAAAACAAUUCCCCUGAUCGCUCUGCUCAUCACGACGACUGUUAGCACGGCCCUUCUCUACCUCAACUUAACUCGUUGGAACUUUCAACAUGUAGCAUGGACAUCGGUACCCAGUUUCAUGGCCGGUAUCAUCCAAGUAGUGGUCGAAAUCUUGGCUGCUGUGCAGAUAUUUGCUUUGCUCACCCUCGUCAAUUUCGCAACACGAAUAGCCCUGUGCAGGUCGAAUUCAACACUGGAUGUUCUGAAAUACAGAGCCGCAAUAUGUCUGGGACGCAUAGAUCUGUCACUCCCAUGGCUGAGUAUGACAUUGGUUAUACUUGUCUACGGCCUCAUGAAAGUCCCAGCUUUUCUUUGGGCCAAUUCUCUCGCGCUAUCUCCCAGCGUGAGAACUGGCAGCAAUAACCUUUAUGUUCCCAUUCUUGGUGCCGACAACUUUAUUCACAACUUUAAUGGCGACGAACUUAAACAUUGCUGGAGGUCCCCUGCCUCUUUUCCGAAUCAGGGCCUUUUCCUUAUGGCCGGGCCGUACAGCAGCUGCCCUGGCCGCGAUUUCGUUGAUGGCCUCCUCGAAGCAGCGUCUACUGUGUCUCUCGCGAACGCCGAUUAUCUUCCUCGAAUCGAUGUCGACGGGGCUUUCUACUCUGGAAGGUCUUAUGGCGUGGGUGCAGCUGUUGGCCAUUCCGAUACCCAACAAUCUCAAAAUUGGGGUGAUAGUGUCCUGGCCAGUUAUACGUAUCAAGAUCUUGGCUUCAACACGGAAGUCCUAUGCAAUUACAACUCGUCACUGACUUCUGCGGACUGGUCGUUAUGGCAGCUCCAAGCUGAAAAUAAAAACGAAGGCAUUCCCGCCAUCUUUGAAGCAAAGGGUCAGCUUCCAGACGGCAGCAACAUCAACAGUACUUCUUUCUAUACUACUUGGGGCUGGUCGGUAGAUGAAACCGUAGCAUGGCAGACCACAAACUCGACAUAUAAUCCCAACUACAUUUCUACUGCCGCUGGCUUCAAUUACAAGUUCAUGAACGCCACCCAGUGCACCAUAAACUUUAUUCCAACGAUGUUCGAUAUUAUGGUCACGUAUCCUUCGCAAUCAAGUCCAAAUAUGGUCAUUACUGUGACUCCAAAUAGUGACGAACCUUUAGAGAACGCAGUGGAUCCUACAUGGCAUCUACAAACUUUGGUUCUGGAACAAAUUACAGCAUUGUCGAUGGUCAGCACCACUCUAUAUGGGUCUGUCUUGGGCGAGGCUUUUCUAGCCAACGCCCAGGCAUGCAGCAGCAACGCUACAAACACUGCCCAAUUUACCGACAAUAGCCUCUUACCAUGUAUGCAACAGUCAUGGGAAAGCAUCAUCGACAACCUCCUCCUCCUACUCACUGCUGCCCAAAUCGUCGAGUACAGGGAGAAUAAUGCGAAUGGCCCAUGGGACCCUGCACAAUUUCGAGAAGUAUUCGAUAGAGAGAAUGGCAUAGCAUCCCAAAUCGGGACACGGAUGUACAUUUUGCUUACCUGCGCUCUGAAUGCAAUAUGCCUUAUCAUAUGGAUCAUUGAAGCCUUCCGAUGGUCGUUUUGGAAAGAUCUACCUAAGUUCAACAUAUUGGAUCUCAAAAGUGCAGUUCUGGGAGGUGCGAUGGGGGGAGGUAGCAUUGUCGCCACGAUUCGAGAAGUUGAAAGCCCCAAAGCUCCAUGGACCGGUGCAUCGGACGACGAGAAAGUAGGCGAGAUACAGGUGCAAGUUGCUGUUAUUGACGCUGAUGAGAAUCUGAAGAGAGUGUCCUUGAAAGCAAGUUUGGGCACUGGCAAAGUGGGUACUAUCGGACGAAGACCUUGGGCUCCAUUCUCUUACGACAAGGUUUCGGGCGAGGAGUCUGUACAAUCGUUUUAAUAUAUGAGAAACUAGGAAGUGUUGUCAGCAGAAAUAAGCACUAAGAAAUAACAGUUGGAGUAUUCCUCUCAAGUAGUAGUAGGCGUUGGUAGUUCAGGAUUUGUAG